CUCGUCACACGGCUCGUUUCCAUGGUAACGUUUGUAAACAAUUGUUAAGUUGUUGACUUUUUUUUGUUGAAAACUAUGAUGUAAAAGCAAAAUGGCGCACCAGAGUGAGCAAGAAGGACAGUUUGACGAACUUUUCACCGUUUUUCACGGCUCUUCCCCAGAGGAUGUGUCCCAUGCCCGGCAGCUGUGGAGCUCCCUGUCCCUGCUGCCCCCGCUGGAGUCCCGAUUGGUUUCAGCAGAAACCUGCCAAAGACUGCCGGUGUUCCGUCCGCAGCGCCGCGUAUCCUCCGAUGUUCCCAAUCCCAGACCGGUGUUCGCUGACCGGCAGAGAGAGGAGGAGAGACGGCGGUACGAGGUCAUGGCCGACCAGAGGAAGGAGAUCCGGGCGCUGCUGGGGAGGCAGAGACAGCUGAGGAUCCAGAAGGAGCUGCUGUCCGCGACCGUUAAACCGGAGAGGAGGUUCGGCAGAAACAAGCUGGAACCACCAGAAGACCCAGACACCGAACUGGAGAAGGAGCUGGUCAAACAGCUUCAGUAACCGAACUCUGGAAACCUAGAAAGAUUUAUAGUUUAUGAUAAAUAAAUGAACACCUUAACAGUUA